GGAGAAAUGAUGUAACUCAUUCACUAUCCAAACUUUAAGGUCAAAGGCAAGAAGGAAGGUCAGGAAUAUCAUGGCCUGGCCAAAUAUUUUUCAGAGAGGAACUCUGCUCUCUCAGUUCAGCCAUCAUCAUGUCAUUGUGUUCCUGCUCACUUUCUUCAGUUAUUCAUUGCUCCAUACUUCAAGGAAAACAUUUAGCAAUGUCAAAGUCAGUGUCUCUAAGCAGUGGACCCCAACUGCUUUCAACAAAUCAACUGAACUGCCUGCAGAGCUGGCAUCGUACUCAAUUAUUUGGAGCAGCAACCAUUUGUUCCCCAGUGCAGAGGAAGCCACUCUUUUCCUUGGAACACUGGAUACUAUUUUUCUCUUCUCCUAUGCUGUGGGCCUUUUCAUCAGUGGCAUCGUUGGGGAUCGGCUUAAUUUACGAUGGGUUCUGUCUUUUGGCAUGUGUUCUUCUGCAUUAGUGGUAUUUGUCUUUGGCACCCUCACAGAAUGGCUACAUUUCUACAACAAGUGGUUCUACUGCUGUCUGUGGAUUGUGAAUGGUCUGUUGCAGUCCACAGGUUGGCCCUGUGUAGUUGCUGUUAUGGGCAACUGGUUUGGGAAAGCUGGACGAGGAGUUAUUUUUGGUCUUUGGAGUGCCUGUGCUUCAGUGGGUAAUAUUUUGGGAGCAUGUCUAGCUUCUUCUGUUCUGCAGUAUGGUUAUGAGUAUGCCUUUCUGGUGACAGCAUCUGUGCAGUUUGCUGGUGGGAUCAUCAUCUUCUUUGGACUCUUGGUAUCACCAGAAGAAAUUGGUCUCCCAGGUAUUGAGGUAAAAGAAACUUUUGAAGAAGACUCACACAGGCCUUUAAUUAAUGGUGCUGAAAAUGAAGAUGAAUAUGAGCCUAAUUAUUCAAUCCAAGAAAGCAGUACUGUUACUCAAGCCAAGGCAAUAAGCUUUAGUCAGGCUUGUUGCUUUCCUGGAGUUAUACCAUAUUCACUUGCCUAUGCCUGCUUGAAGUUAGUGAAUUACUCCUUCUUCUGGUUGCCGUUUUAUCUGAGUAACAACUUUGGAUGGAAGGAGGCUGAAGCUGACAAGCUGUCCAUUUGGUACGAUGUAGGAGGAAUUAUAGGUGGAACUUUGCAAGGCUUCAUCUCUGACAUGUUACAAAAGAGAGCACCAGUUUUAGCUCUAAGUCUACUCCUGGCAGUUGGGUCGCUUGUUGGAUAUAGUCGUUCUCCAAACAACAAGUCCAUUAAUGCACUUUUAAUGGCUGUUACAGGAUUUUUUAUUGGUGGACCAUCUAACAUGAUUAGCUCAGCUAUUUCUGUGGACCUGGGUCGCCAAGAACUAGUCCAAGGGAGCAGUGAGGCUUUGGCCACAGUCACAGGAAUUGUUGAUGGAACUGGGAGCAUUGGAGCUGCUGUGGGCCAGUAUUUAGUGUCUUUGAUACAGGACAACCUAGGGUGGAUGUGGGUUUUCUAUUUUUUCAUUCUCAUGACAAGUUGUACAAUUGUAUUUAUCUCACCAUUAAUAGUGAGGGAAAUAUACUACCUUGUGCAGAGGAGACAAGCUUACACAUUGAAUGAGUGAUCAGUGCCUACAAAAGAAAAAGAACAAUGGGAGACAAU